AUGGGCAGGCUGGCGAUCUCUACGCAACCCGCGUUCACAACACAUAUCGCCGAUACGCGCGAGGAGUCGCACAAGGAGGACGCCAACAUGGAUGCAGUCAUUCGGGUUUACACCGAUGGGUCGGGCUACAAGGAUCAGGCGGGCGCUGCUGCUGUUCUGGUGCGAACAGAUGGAGUCCAUGAAUGUCGCCGGGUUCUGAGAUACCAUCUCGGACCCCUGUCGGAACACACGGUCUACGAAGCUGAGGCGGUCGGUAUCAUCCUCGGAGCGCACCUCCUGCUAACGGAGGACCCCGAACUUGCCUCGCGAGACUCCAGCAUAAGCCUCGAUAACCAGGCCGUCAUUCGCGCAGCAGAAUACAUCCAACGAGCACAGCCGGGACACUAUUUGCUCGACCAUUUUCGAACCCUCACGGAUCACCUGUGGCAGAUUCGCGGGGCAGGGUACUCACUCGAGAUGCACUGGAUCUCGGGCCACGACGAUGCCGAACUCAACGAGUUUGUAGACGGUCAGGCGAAGCUCGCCGCUGAAGGUCACUCGAGCCCCAUGGACGACUUGCCUGCAUUUCUACACCUCCCCCUCCGGGCCAGCCUCUCGGCCACACGCCAGGAGUACACACGACAACUCCAUGAGCGCUGGCAGAGGGACUGGAUGUGUUCGCCGCGCUACCAGCGGCACAAACACUGGGCCCCCGAUGCGGCGACGAAGAGCCACAUGAAGACGAUCGAGAGCCUGUCACGCCGGGACAGCGCCGUACUAUUUCAGCUGCGAACGGGUCACGCCCCUUUGAACAAACACCUCCAUCGUAUGCGCUGCUCCGAGUCACCGACCUGCGACGCAUGUGGAGAGGCCGACGAAACCGUCCCGCACUUCAUCUACGAAUGCCAGGCGCGGCUGACCGAGCGACGCGCACUCCGCAAGGCCGCGGGCAAAAAUUGGCGGAAUCGAGCUUAUCUGCUCAGCGACACGACGGGCGUGAAGGCCCUCAUGGGUUAUGUACGAGACACCGGGCGUAUGCGGUGGAGUCGCCGGGAGGAGGAUGACACACAGGAGGGUAAUUUUGAGGAUGGGGAGAGGAAGGAAGAGGAAGAGGUUGAGGACGAGGAAGAAGGAGAAGACGAAGAGGGGGCGAGGAGAGCGAAGGAGACGGAGGAGGUGGAUACGACGAUCGAGGGGCUCCUGAAGUGGUUUGAGAGGUUGCCCAGGGGAGAAGAACGAGGAGAACGAGACUCAGCGUGA